GUUUUAAGCAGUCAACUUUUAGACACCAUAAGGCGAAUUCUUCAAACAGUCAUGCCCUAUUACGCUGUUUCCAAGGGUAGAACAACAGGGGUUUUCAAUUCUUGGGAAGCAUGUAAGAGUCAGGUGUAUGGAUUUGGCGGGGCUAGGUACAAAAAGUUUGACACUGUUGCUGAAGCUAGUAAGUUUGCAUUUGGUGGAGAGGGUGGAAAGAAAACCGAUGAAGAACCAAUGGAAAUUUUUUUACCAACUAUUUCCGUUAGCGAAGGCCACUCUAUUAAAAAGCCAACCAAGAAUACAUCGAAAAAGAUUCGUUCAGUUGAGUUACCGGCAUCUGUUACCCAUGACGGGAUCAAGACUCAUGACAUUUAUGUGGAUGGAGCCUCACGUGGGAAUGGGAAAACUAAGGCACCUAUUUCCGGAUACGGGGUUUACUACGGGCCUGGUGAUAGUAGAAAUGCAGCUGUGCCCAUGAGUGAUGUACAGGGCAAAGAUGUGGCUGGAACCAACCAGAGAGCCGAACUCGCAGCUGCGCGCCAUGCGCUUCGGGACAUUAAAGACGGACCUAUGGACAUACGGUAUGUGGUGAAGACUGACUCUAGGUACACCAUUGAUGCGAUCACCAAGUGGCUGAAGAAUUGGGAAAGAAACGGAUGGAAGACCGCUGCCAAUAAGGAUGUUCUCAACCGAGACCUCAUCGAAGAGAGUGUUGCACUCUACAAGGAGAUUUCAAAGAUAUACGAGGCUAAAGGUUGGGGUCCACUAAAGUUCGAGCAUGUCAGAGGACAUCAAGGAAUUGUUGGGAACGAAAUGGCCGACUCAUUGGCAAACCAAGGAGCUGAUAUUAUGCAAAGAUUGUAUAGAUAG